CUCUUUAAUCGACCGUGCUGCUGCCCCCUCCGAGCCUCCUCUUCAGCCUCUCCAGCACGGCGACUCGAUAUAACAUAGACCGACCGACCCCCUCCGCACCGUUCCGCCCGAUCCUCGCGACCUCCCUGCCCGUCCCCUCACGACUUCAGGCUGUCCUUCUAGCUAGCUAGCUUUGGCGGGAUCGCGUCAGCAUGCUUGCUCUACAGCUACACACACUCUCUCUUACACUUGAUACUGCAGCUCGACCGCCGUCAAUCGAACCCCGUUAUUGAUUAUUCGCGACUGUCUUGACCCCCGGUUUCCUGAGAGCCGCCGUUCCCCGGGACGUUGCCGUUCUAUCCCGACAUGGCCAGCAGUCGCGUCACCCCCCUUCGUCCACCCACUCGUCCCACCAGCACGGCGCGGGCCCAGUCGCCGGGCCGGCCGGCGGUGCUGGACUAUCAGAAUCUCGACCCUCUCCUCGGCAACCUGUCGCCCGAAUCCACCCUCCAAGCCCUCUCCUACACCGACGCCGUCCCCAAGAACGAACAAGCCGCCCAUGAUAUUCUCACCAAAAGCAUAUCGCAGGUCUCUCCAGCCGAGCGCGCCCUCGGUAUACGCGCCGCAGUUGUGGCCCAGAAACUCAACCUAUGGUACAAAGAAAUUCAGUCGUGGGAGUGGCCGAAUCGCACCGAUGUACACCUAGGGAAGGGAUUCGUCCCUCCCUCGGACGAGACCGACAUUGAUUAUUAUGGAAGCCUUCCCGUGGCUGUUGUUGAGGAGCAUGAGAAACGGAUCGAGGAGAUCCGGGAUGGGAUGGAUGUUCUAGACGUGGACGAACUUAAGGAGCACGUCCUCAGCGCGCACAUUCCAGCGCGGUCUCGGCCUUCGUCAUCCAACAGCACCAUAUCGGUGCCUCCCCCGCUUAGUUAUGUCCAGCUUAGCGACUUCACCGCCGUCGUCACUGCCACCAUCCUCCGGGCCCUUCCUCUUCUCUCCCGUUUGAACAGCCUCCUCUCUACCUGGGACGUUCGACUGCUGGUGCUCCGCCAGAUCCCUGCACUGCUGCGAGCUCUGCAGCAAGCGCGCUCCGAACUGAACUCUGCCUUGGAGUUGUUGAGGUCGCAAACCUCCCCAGGCGAGAAGGAUGCCUUGUAUUCGCGCGACAAUUAUCAUGCCAGGAGGGCUUCUUUGGAGGAUACCGUCGUAUCGGCGGGCCGAAAAUUGGACCGCGUACUCGAUGCUCUGGAAGGAAGAGAAGACUCGCUCCCUGAAAGCUGGAUAGACGAUCUUGAGGGCAUCGAGUCCGAGUUUGGUACCUGGGUAAUGGAAGCCGAAAGACGUACUGUCGAGAAUGAAUGGCGGCGCACGACAGUCAGCCCUAGCAUUGUCGCACAAGCCGAAAGCGUGCAGGAUGCGCCGGCGCACUCCUCACCCGAAUCAAGGAACCAUGAGAAACUGUCCUUGAAUACGUCAGUACCCGUUUCGCAGACUGGUCACCUGGAGACCAUAGAAGAAGAAAUCGGCAGCCCUACUGAGGCUACGCCCUCGACUGAAGCCCAAGGUGACCGGGGCGCUUCCAUUUUGGAGUCGAUCAUCCCGACUACUGCUCUCGAAACCAGCAACCCACCAUUUCCCAGUACUUCGGAUGCCACGGAUACAACAGAUGCCGUUACCCACCCAGCUCGAAACAUGGACCCGAUCAUCGUUCCCCAAGAUGACCCAACAUCGGCCACUCCAAACAUCACCGCUCCCUCUAUCAAUGCCUCAGAGAAUACCGAUAUAUCGACCGACGCUAUCCAGGCCACUGAACCGGGUGUUUCCCAAAUCAGUCAAUCUGCAAUUGCACUGGAGAAUGAUCCUGUUGUGGACGCCUGCGAUGGAAUUCUGUCUCGAGAUGAAUAUACUUCUCGGCAAUCUCCCCUCUCUGCUGUUGAAAACUUGAAAUCGGCUUCCACCCUUGAUGAGACGACUCCAUGUGCGCAGGAAGAGACGAUCUCACGAACUUCUAUGGAUGUUCAACCAGAGAUGGAAGACUACCCUUCGAACAUCACUGUGGAAGCCCCUCAUUGCGUUCCUAAGGAAGAGCCUGAAGAUCUAGUAUCCUGGCCAACGCUCGACGCAUCUCCUCGUCCUUCCUCGUCUGGAAAGGGCUUGCAAGUGCCAGCCAGUCCCGACGCACAAUCAUCAGAUACCGGAAGCGUAAUCAUACGGCGACAAACGACUAUCGCCCCGUCUCCUCUUAGUCGGAGAAGAGAUUGGUCGGAAAAUGAAGGUGAAGCUUUGUCUGAGACUGAUAGCACCGACUCCGUCGUCGAAAGCCGUGAUCAGCUACAGUCUACUUUGGUUGAAGAUCAAGAAGCCACUGUUGUCAGUGGGAAAGGUCAUGCCGCGUCGACUGAUGUUCCUGCUGCGCCGUCAACAGCCCAGGAAUACUCCCUCUCUUUGCCGCCCGUUAAUGCCUCGCUCGAAUCACCAGGGAACAAGGACAAAAUAUCUUCAAGCCCUCUUCCCAUGGACAAGGCUCACGAAGAGUCCCAGGAAGGUCGUACUUUGAAAAAGCCCCUGGAGAGUCCGAUCAAAUUGUCCAAAACCCGUCCAGAACGCCUGUUUCUUGAGAAAGAGACAUCAAAGUCCCGUGGCCGACGGGGAUCGAUUGCUUCGUCUCUGUCAGAUUAUCCAUCGCUUGUAUCAAGUCCUGAGAAUCGCGAGCCCCGUACGUCUUCUUCAAACGAGACUCCUCUGCUUCUCGAAACGCCCCCGCCGUUUCAAUCCGACUACCAGACAUCCUCCCCCAUGCCACCCGGCAGCGAUCAUACGUUGCGAGAGGAUCGUCUAUUCCGUUUAGACAACCAGAAGCCAUCGCCACGUGCAAGCUUCGCGCACAAUCGGAAUCUCAGUCUCCCUCUACAGCGCUUCAUCAACGAAAGAUUGGAAUUGAACUAUGAGGAUGAAAGUGGGAGUGAUAUGGACGGCGCUGCCGCAAACAGAAAGUCUACCGAUGUGUUUACAGAUCUGCGCUUCGGUCAGAAGAAAGCAGUAAUGCCGUCGCAGAAUGGGAUACCAUUCAGCUCAACUAAGAAUGGACGCCGUGCUGCAGCUCGAGGCCUGGAGACUCAUCGUGAAGAGAGCCCCAAACUGGGGACUGGUCCUGUUACUAAGGCUUUGUCCAAGGCCUGGGAACAUACCAAAAGUUCUGCUCCAAAGCCUGCAAACCAAAGUGCUCUGCCGUCGGAGCCGCCUGCACACUCAAAUACCACCCGCUUGAAGAGACAGUUGACAGCUCACCCUAGCCUUGAGAGUAUUGGAGCAUACAAAUCCAACGCUCAAUCUGAAACUUCUUCUGCUCGCGCUUUCUCCAAAGCAGGGUCCCGGCCCACUACGCCAAGUGCUCAAAUGAAGAAGCACAAAGACCACUUGGACGAGAAAAUCACGUCGAUUUUGUCGAGUCUCCCUACCCGAAUCCAUCUGGUGUCAGCUGAUGAUAACCACGAUGGAGCCUCUGCGGCAACUUCCCUUCCCCUGAAGGCAAGGGAGCGGUUUCGCUCUAUUUCCCCUCAAGGAAUGCCACCACGAUGCACCACUCCUACUCCUUCCCUGACUCUGACAGCUGCCCCCUCACGCAGGAGGUAUUCUCAUGCACACGCCCCAGAGGAAAGCUCCGUGAAGCUCUAUCAUCUUCAUCGGGGUGGAAAAGCUGCUCCAACCAAACUCUUUGUUCGGUCAGUGGGAGAAAAAGGGGAGCGUGUGAUGGUGCGAGUAGGAGGAGGGUGGGCAGACCUGGGUGAAUACCUGAGGGAAUAUGCCAUCCAUCACGGACGUCGAAAUGUGUCAGACACGCCUCGCGUGGAGGUCCAGGGGCUAUCCGCCACUCGUACCUCAACCUCUCCAACGUACUCCGUCAGUGGACGCCGCACUCCAUCCCGGCCGCGGUCUGUUCUCAGCAAUAGACCGGCAUCUUCCUUGGCUGUGCACAAGACUAGACGCACUUCGAAUGUGUCCGACGUGACAGAGUUCCGCGCAUCUCACGCCGGAGAGACGCUCAACUCAUACUCUCCUAUGUCGACUAUGUCCUCGCGCAGACGACUUUCAGCUUCGUCCAACGCCUCAAUGGGCGCGGCUUCGCUGGCGAGCGAAUUCCGUCACGGAUCUUCGUAUUCCCCCUCAGCAACCGGAGCUGGCAGCACUCAUUCAAUCCCCCUCGGCCUUGCGGGGCCGAAGCCGCGGCCACGACACGUCUCCAUCAGCCCGGAGAGCGAGGCCUGGGUUGAAGGUGUCCUUGGCCAAGCCCGAAGGAGCUCUUCUCUGCGGCCGUAUAAAUUCGGGCUACCGCCCCCCCAAGAACCCGAGCCCGCACCAGUCAAAACGCCGACCAUCCCCAAAUCCAGAAGUAUCAGCGAUCUGGGCACCGCCGGCUCCAGCAGACGCAUCGCCCUACGCGGACUGGCAAACCGAUGAACUCGUCCAUCCUCCUGACCCUAAUCCUAACUUCCGUCCUCACAUCUCAUCUACUUCCUCGCAUACAUAUGAUAUCUCGCUCCUCGACUCACCUCCUCCCUCUCCUCUUCACCUGCUUUGUCUACUAGCACUGGCGUUCGCCGUUAGCCUGGGUUUUCCGUUUCGUGAUUUGUUUUGGAU